GCCCAGCCCCGCAGUCCGCCUACUCUACUCCCCCGCCUGCCACCGUCUCUCUCUCUCGGUCCGCCUGCAGCAUUCGACAUCCCAGCGAGGAUUUUUCACUACAGAGAUGGCUGCGAAAGUGUGUAGAACAGUGCUCCUCUUGACCAGGAGCAGCGGCGCUGUGGUCACCGGGCUCCCAGCACUUGCUAUCUCAUCACAGCGGCACCACCAGCAUAUAAGAUCGGACCAGCCUGUCAGGAGAGCACAUGGCCUGCGGUCAGCCUCCCGCUCUGCACUGUUCACCCAGCCUCCCACCAGCCUCUCAACCGCCCUCUCAACCCAGGGAUGGAGGGGUGCCCCCUCAUGGCAGGGCCAGAGACUACUGAGUUCCUCCACCACUCCAGAAGAGGUGACGGUGGUGUACCAGAAUGGACUGCCGGUGAUCUCGGUCAGUUUGCCGUCCCGUAGGGAGCGAUGCCAGUUCACUCUGAAGCCCCUCAGUGACUGUGUUGGGGUGUUCCUCACACAGCUGCAGACAGAGGACAGGGGUAUUGACCGUGUAGCCAUCUACUCUACAGAUGGGGCGAGGGUAGCCUCUUCUACAGGGAUAGACAUCCUGCUGUUGGAUGACUUCAACCUGGUCAUCAACGACGUUACACACCUGGUUCGACCGCCACGGAGAGAUCUCCUAGCCAAUGACGAGGCAGAGCGUCUGAACGACGUUAAGUUCCUGGUUCAGCAGCUCUACACCACCAUGCGUAUAGAAGAGCAUCAGCUUAGUAAAGAGAAGGAACUGGUGGUCAGACUAGAGGACCUCAACUCACAGCUACGUCCUCUAGAGAAGGUGAGGGAGGAGCUGAGUCGUAAGGCGGAGCGUCGUACCACCUGGGUGCUGUGGGGGGGCAUGGCCUACAUGGCAACACAGUUUGGGAUCCUGGCGCGUCUCACCUGGUGGGAGUACUCCUGGGACAUCAUGGAGCCUGUCACCUACUUCAUUACCUACGCUACCGCCAUGGCUAUGUACUCCUACUACGUACUCACACGCCAGGAGUACAUCUACCCAGACGCCAGGGACAGACAGUACCUGCUGUUCUUCCACAAGGGGGUGAAGAGACAACGCUUUGACAUCUACAAGUACAACGAGCUGAAGGACUCUAUCGCUGAGGUGGAGUUAGAUCUGAAACGCCUGAGGGACCCCCUCCAGCUCCAACUCCCUGUCCAGCAACUCACCGCCGCCAGCAAAGAUUGAUGGGAAGAGUGAUGUCCUCCUCUGCUUUCUUCAUCUCUCCCUCCACUCCUCCAUCCCUCCUUUCCUUACCCUCCUCCGCUCUUCCCCUUACCCUCCUCUAUCCCUCCUUUCCUUGCCCUCCUCCCCUUACCCUCCUCCCCUCCUCCA